CCCUUUUGUUGUCAGUUUGCCAGAUCUUGCAGUUUGCUGACUCACUAUUGGAGAUCUGUCGGCUUUUCUUGAGUCCAUCCAUCCAUGCGAUUCGAUGGAGCGGCCCGAGAAGAGAGCCCGCAUCGAGGACAUCAGCACAGCAGCGGCACCGGCAGCUGCUGCCGCUGCCGCUGCUGGUGUCGCGGAAGAAGAGGUAAGAGAGCACCUGCAGAUUGAUUGCGCUUUCUGACCGAUUAUCUGAUCUCUCUGGCUGUCUUGUCUUUGUCUUACAGACUGAGGCGAAUGGCAUGGAUCACGACCUGGUCCGACGUAUCAAAGAAGUCCAUCGAAGGGUGAGCUCAUCACAGGAAUCCGACGUAUCAAAGAAGUCCAUCGAUGGUUCUGCAGGCUGAGAGUGUGUUUGCCGAGAAGAGGUCGCUCGAAGGCACACUCGGCACCGAAAUAUGCCCGGGUGUGACCAGGGUGAGACGCAUCUGCAGUUCUUAUUGUACCAAUCACAUUCCAUGCGUGUGUGUCUGCCUGUGUCAGGUGUGCACGAGGCUGCUGGCCAAGAUUGGUCGCACUGACAAGACGCCCGGCGAGCAAAACGACCUCAUAUCGCUGGUGCAUCAGCAGCUCGAUAUCAUCACCAAAGCCAUCAAACCAGAUGGACAGGUGACGUCACCUGCCCAGCACGUGACAACACCACACACAUGCACCGCACCCAGCCCAUUGAUGCCGGUCUUUCUGUGUCUGCUCUUGCUGUGCAGUCCGCUUCAUUGUCCUCAUCUCCGCUGUGCAACCUCUCAGAAGACGUCCUCUUCACCUACCUGGGCCCCCAUCUGGGCACCCAGGCCACCAUCGGCACCCUCGCGCUGACACACCCGGCCCUCCACGCACCCACGACCAGCCCCUCCAUGCACAAGACGGUCCAUGUCGAGAGCGACAAGCCCAUCCCCAUGACCGAACGGCAACUCACCGUGUGGCUUGGCCGUUUUGCCGAGACGAAGCGUGCCGUGCUGCUCUGCCCGAUGCGGAUGGGUGUGGUGCGUCUGAUGGAGGGCCUGUGCAAGACGCUGGAGCAUCUGAGGGUACAGCCGAGAGGAUUAGAUUUUUGGGAAGCGGAGGGCAUCGAGAGGAUACCGUACCCGCGAGGUGAGAUGUCCUGACAGACAGGCAGACAGACGGAAAGACAUUGAUUGCCGUUGGUUGUCGGUCCUGCGCCGGCAUCCAUCCAUUGUUCAUCAGGUCCUGAGUCGCCUCAGGUUGUGUUCCCACGGUUGGCUGUUGCGGAGGUCGGCAGCCCCUGGACCGGAGCCGCAGGAAUGCGGAACUGGAAGCUCACGUAAGAGACACAUGCGGCCAGGCAGGCCAGACACCGCCGUGUUGACGUUUGUUGAUCGAUCGCCGUGCGAUGCCAAUCACACAGGGCGCUCCGGGAGAUCACCGUUAGCGGAAGAGCUUCGCGUGCAAGCGAGACAGCUGCCGUGUGGCUCGAGUCAUCGCCUCAUGUGUGGAGCCUCGAAGUCGGCGACUGGGAGCUGCGUGAUGUGGCGGACAUGCUGCACCGAUGCAACACCAUCAAGCGCCUCACUGGCGUAAGAAGACAAGCCCAGAUGUGUGUGCGCAUGUAUGUGAUGUGAUGCCCUCCUUUGCUUGCGUGGGUGGUUUGCUUUAGGUGCGCAUCACUGGUAGACUAAAGCAAAGCUUCCGGGUAUCGCUGCCUCCAGUUGGCGAGCCCGAUUCUCGGGCCUUUCUCAAGCACACACAGCUGGAGGAGCUCGAAGCCACCAUUGACUAUGGCCACAAUUCGCCAUAUGGAGAUCGGCCUUCCUUCUGUGGAGAGAAGUCCAUCCAGGUAGUUGGGCGAGACAGACAGACAGACGAGGUGCUUGUGCACGCGGGUCUCGUCUGUCGGCCCAUGUCUGUCUUUGAACCACAUCAGGAGCUGGACUAUCUGCGCAAGCACAACCUGGCUCCCAACGCCGUAGAGCGCUACCACACCCAACGCAACGGCAUCAACACCGACACAUUCCGCCUCGGCGUCCUGCGGCAGAUGCAUUCCGAGGAGCUCGCCGACUGCGCUGGGACAUUAAGGAUGCUCGCUGCUCUGGCCGCGCACGUCGAGGUGCCCGACGAGUGGGCAUGGCCUCAAGCGCUGGUGUCGAGCGGUGCUUUUUCCACCUUGUCCACCACCCUGGCUGCACUCGACUUCCCUCUCGCUGAGAGAGUGUCCGUAGUGAGGGCGCGUGUCGGCGUCGGGGCCGGGCAGCAAGGCUCACUGCCUGACGUGUUGUUGUCGUCGAUUGGCCGCCUUUUCCCCUCUGUGACGGUAGUGGAGGUGUGUUGGCCUGCUGUGGUGGGUCAGGCAGUCAUGCAGGCAGUCAUGGCUCAGCUCAGUGACAGGCUAGAAGUAGUGCGCUUCCGUUGCCCGAACCUCAGCGAUGCAUUGCCGCCGUAUUUUCGCGGUGUGACCACAUCCAUCGCCGCGUUUUCCAUUGAGGGCGCGCUAUCUGGGGAGGGGGUGUAUGCGGUCGACCAACAGUGGUCGCUGCGUGUGGAGGAAAGAGGACAGGCAGGCAACAGCGAGGCGCCAGUCUUGGAUCGCGUCCGACAAAUGACCAUCAGAGUCGAUGUGCCGGACAUCGAAGAUGACGAUCCUGACUGGUGUGUCUCGAAUUUCGGUAUUUUUGCGGAUGAUGAGGGUUGGUUCGAUGCGUGUAGGGCAAUCUCGCGGCACUGUCUUGCGGCCGUGCAUGACAUGCCCGCCCUUGACCACAUCAUGUACGAGUGCACCAAGGAAGUCGGGCCGGGGAAUGAUAGCGAGUACGGCAGCCGUGUGCAGAUCCUGCACGCAAAGCACGUAGCGGCAGAGAGAGGCAGGAAGGCCGGCGCUUUUCACGGCCAUCUUUCUGUCUGUGGCUUUGAGGCUGUCGAGUUGCCGUCGUCACAGCCAGGGCUCUACUGCCGCAUUGCGGUUCGCCGCUGUCACGGUGUGCGGCAGAAGAAGAUCACUGACUACUUUGGCAGACAAGGAUGAAUGUGUGUAGUCCCAGUAGGUGUGUAGAAGGAGACGUAGAGUGAGGUGUUGCCCUGGGUGGGUGGAUGGGAGGGAGGGAGAGAAAGAUGGAUGUGUCGGUAUGGCACAUGAUGGACAAGGCCAAGGGUGGCGUCGAUGUGGUGGACAUUUGCGUUUGACAUGCCGG